CUGGCGAUGUCCGUGAAAUCCCCGUCGUGGAUGCGUUGCAGGCGUCGUGUGGGAGGAAGGUCACCUUCGGCGUACUCGUGCUCUAAGCCCAGUUCUCUCGUAUUAUUAGUAAGAAAACUUCGUAGAAAUAACGUAGGACGUGGCAUUAAUUGAAGUCGCACCAGCAGAAGUGGCUUUGAGAUGACGUCACGCGUCUACGUCGGACGCCUCAACUACGAAGUCCGCGAGCGGGACUUGGAGCGCUUCUUCAAGGGCUUCGGUCGCAUCCGCGAGAUCAGCAUCAAGAACGGAUUCGGCUUUGUGGAGUUUGAUGACCACAGAGAUGCAGAUGAUGCUGUGUACGAGUUGAAUGGAAAAGAACUGCUUGGAGACCGGGUCUCUGUGGAGUUGGCCCGUGGCAUCCGACGUGGGGCCGACUAUUAUCGCUCACGUGCUGCAUCCCGGUCACCACCAAGGCGCCGCUAUGGCCCACCGACAAGGACGGAGUACCAGCUGACUGUCGAGAACUUGAGCAGUCGUGUGAGCUGGCAGGACUUGAAAGACUACAUGCGGCAAGCUGGCGAGGUGACCUAUGCCGAUGCUCAUCGCCUCCGCCGCAAUGAAGGGGUGGUGGAGUUUGCCACUUACUCAGACAUGAAGAACGCACUGGACAAGUUGGACAACACAGACUUGAGUGGGCGGCGCAUCCGCCUCAUCGAAGAAAAAAGGCGUAGCAAGUCCCGUUCUCGGUCGCGCUCUCGUUCCCGUUCUCGGCGUCGCCGCAGUCCAACUCGCUCACGCUCGAGGAGCCGGCGCCGUAGUCGUUCCCGCAGCCCGGUCAAGCGCAGGUCUCGAUCCCGAUCUAGGUCCAGGAGUGCAGCCCGCCGUGGCCGCAGUCGAUCGAGGUCCCGGAGUGCCAAACGACGAAGCCAUUCCCGAACGCCCGUCAAGCGUCGCUCGCGCUCGCCAACUCACUCGCGUUCCCGCUCCCGAAGUCCAGCCCCAAAGCGGCGAGCCCCUUCUCGAUCUGCCAGCCGAUCACGCUCCAGGUCCCGCUCAAAGUCAAAAUCGAAGUCGAAGAGCAAAUCCCGGAGCCGCAGCAAGUCGCCGGAGACCAACAACCGCCACCACUCGGCAUCUCGCUCCCGGUCUAGGUCGCGCUCCCGUUCGCGGUCAAAGUCCCCUGUCAAGAACAACAAUGACAACUCUAAUGAUAGCAGUUGAAGUGAUGACCUGUUCAUUUCGCACAGCUAAAACAUGGGCUGGCCUUGUGCAUUGCUCUUGCCAUUGUCCGUGCUCCCUUUUCAUAUUCUCAGGGCCUCCCCUAGAUGUCCUGGACACUGUAUAUAGUAACCUUGUGACCUGUAUAUUUCAUUUACUGGCAUGUAAUAAACCCAUCAUGUAUGUCACACAA